CUAUUUUGUUUAUUUUGGCCAAUUUUCAAAAAUAAAUCUGUAAUGAUCAGAGUAUGGACGGACUGUUUCGGUUUUAAGAGACGUCAUAUGGGUGUGACUAUGGACUCUGACCUUAUUGUGUUCUUAAAGUAGCCGCUGCGUGCUGGAGCCUAUGUGAUUUCGCUUCUUGUUCGACUUUUCUUUUUCUUUUUCUUUUUUAACCUUUUGUUUUGUUCAAGGAAAGUCGAUCGGCUACGCCCCUGGUUUUUUACUGUUUUGGUCAACAUUUCUUGGUCGCAUCAGCUCUACUUGAAUUAGAAAUAAAGGAAGGAAGGGAGGAAGGUGAAAAGUAUGAAAGAUGUCCGUGGCGGGACUAAAGAAACAGUUUCACAAGGCAAGCCAGUUGCUGAAGGAAAAGAUCAGUGGUGUUGAAGGAACAAAGCUGGAUGAGGAUUUCAUCAGAAUGGAAAAAAAAACUGCAGUCACCAACAAGCUGAUUGUUGACCUUGUUAUGAAAACAACUGAGUAUCUUCAGCCAAACCCAGCAUAUAGAGCAAAACUCAGCAUGCUCCAUAAAGUGUCCAGGAUCCGUGGAAAUGUAAAGCCGGUCGGAUAUCCACAAACAGAAGGAAUUCUGGGGGACUGUAUGUUAAUCCAUGGCGCUGAGCUCGGGGUGGAGUCUGCAUUUGGUAGUGCAUUGGUGGAAAUGGGACAGGCCUUGAAAGAGAUGGCUGAAGUAAGAGACUGCAUGGACACGCGCGUGAAACACAGCUUUAUUGAUCCACUUCAGAUGCUGCAUGAGAGAGAGCUUAAAGAAAUUGCAUACCAUCUGAAAAAACUUGAGGGUCGCCGUUUAGAUUUCGACUAUAAGAAAAGUUCCAAAAGGAGGAUUGCAGAGGCGGAGCUUAAACAGGCAUUAGACAAGUUCGAGGAAUCCAAAGAACUGGCCAAAAGAAGCAUGUACAACCUCUUAGAAAAUGAUGUGGAUCAAGUACAACAGCUCAUAGGCCUCAUUGAAGCAUCGAUGGACUAUCAUCAGCAAUCUCACAACAUUCUGGAGAACCUCAGAAGCAGUCUGCAGAACAAAAUAACAGAAACCAGCUACAGACCAAAGAGGGAGUUCAAAUCAAAAUCUCAAGCGAGUACAAUGUGCUGCACGGACACUUUUGGGUUUUCCACAAGCUCAUCUUAUGACACUGAAAUAACUCAAGAGCUGACUGAAAAGGGAAACUGUAAUUAUCCACUGGACCAGCCUUGCUGUCGGGCUCUUUUCAACUUUAAUCCUGAAAGUCAACGCGAGUUAGGCUUCAAGAAGGGCGACAUCAUUAUUCUCACUAACCAGGUUGAUGAGAACUGGUAUGAAGGGCUGCUUAAUGGGGAGUCUGGUUUUUUCCCCAUCAAUUAUGUUGAGGUCCUUGUACCACUGUCGCAGUGACAUCAUGUCCCCAGUUCAUUGAGCCAUUACACAAACUCUUGUCUUUUUGGUGCUUGGUCAAAGCGAUGCAUUUUAUUGAUCAACACCGUUAUCUGAAGAAUGUGCUUCACAGUCCAAAGCUGUUCUCCUGGGUCUUUUUUCCACUAUGCAAGUAUAUAAAAAUAAUGUAUUGAGCUCUUCUUUAUAUUGUAUUGUUUCUAAUAAAGAGAUCAAUUAUGCAAAGUCUAGUACACAAAAGUUGAUUGAGAAUAAGGGCAAUGUGAAUACUUUGAAUAUGUGGUUUAACACAAUUUCCGAGCUACAUGAAUGUACUUUCUGUAUAUACAUCUCACCACAUCAUACUAAAAUAUAUAUGCAAUUUUUUUUUAUUAUAGCCAUACUGCCAUACUGAAAACUGCAGUAUGUGUUUAAUAAGGUAAGCAUUUGCAAUUGUUUUAGAGAAUUAUACUCGGUAAAUGUAACUGAAUGAAAGCUGACAAAUAAAGGUUGUAACACGCCACAUGAUUAUUGUGUGAAUGUGAAUAUUCCUGUCCACCUUAGUGACUUUGUCGCUAUAUUUGGCCACUUUUUAGACUUUUCUGUAAGUGCCUAGUGACAAAUCUUGCAUUUUCUAAGCAGAUAAAAGUGACUGCUCUGCACUCAAUAUGAGUCUCCAUCUUUUGUCACAGCUGCUAAUUUAGCAAGUUGACAGUAUGUUUUGAUUGACCUAAAGCCUUUGUAACCACCACGCAAUCACUGUUUACCGUUAUUGUCACCAGUUCUUAGCAAUAUUUGCAAGUAAUAAAAGAACGUUAUCCCA